AUGUAUCACGCAUGUCCCGUGUGUCGACUCUGUGGAAGACUGACUGCUAGCAGUCUGUUCGCGUGGAUCCCUGUUGCGUUUCCAGAGACCGAAUUUGAAGGCGAGAAAUACUAUCUGGUCGGGCUACUUGGGGUAGUAGGGGUGGUCGCUUAUCAGAUCGGCGCAAUGUUGGCCUAUCUAGAAGCUGUUAACGACGGUUGCAUCCACGGCAGCUUCCUGCGGCGAUUCCUCGAAGUCCAUGAGACGGACGAGAAGCGUCUCUUCGAUCAGAAACUACGCCUGUUUGCACAUCAUAUGCUUCCGAGCAGGCGCAAGAGACGCGCGGGCACCAACGUCCAUCAGACCAUAGAAGAGCUUGAGGGAGGCUGGGAGGCUGCCACCGGGGCGGACAGUGCUCUUCAAGCGAGCGUCUCUCAUGCCGAUUCGGUUCCGCGACGAGGUGGCUUAGACCUGGGCAUCGAACAGGGACAAAAUCGCGAAUAUCACCGCUUUCGGUGGUGGCCAACGUGGGAGAACUUCAAGUCACACCAUCUCUACGAGAUCGGGUUCCUGGCCUGUAGCAUACAGUUCCUGGGUGCGACAAUGCUCAUUGCUCCUGGUAUUGUAGCCCUACCAGGAAUUCCAGAAUCGCUAGCUGAUUGGGAGCUGAAUGUGGCCUAUUGGGUGCCAGACAUAGUAGGCUCCGUGGCCUUUGUCACGGCUAGCAUGAUGCUGAUGCUGGAGACGCAGACAAAGUGGUAUAGACCGAACUUCGGCGUUCUGGGUUGGUGGGUGAGCCUCUGGGCUGUGAUGGGCUCGGUUGGCUUCUUGCUGUGCGGUGCACUUGGUGCGGUAGUCAGAAAGUACCAUUGGGCCGACUACCACGCGACGUUAGCCAAUAGCUUGGGGAGUGCAAGUUUCCUGGUGGCCAGCUUGCUGAUGUGGUAUGAAGCGGUGAACAAGCGAUCGAUAUCAGAGCUGCGUGAGGUUCCUGGGAAGAUGUGA